AUGGAGGGCCGAAACCUCACAGUAGUGACUGAAUUUAUCCUGAUGGGCAUCACUGACCGCCUUGAACUGCAGACACCACUGUUUGGACUGUUCCUCAUCAUCUAUCUGGUCUCACUGGUGGGCAACGUGGGCCUGAUCAUCCUCACCAUGGUGGAUUCCAGGCUGCAAACACCCAUGUACUUCUUUCUUAGACACCUGGCUAUCACUGAUCUUGGUUACUCAACUGCUAUCGGACCUAAAAUGUUAACAAAUUUUGUUGUCAGCAAAAAUAUGAUAUCCUUUCAUCUUUGUGCUACACAAUUAGCCUUUUUCCUUCUGUUCAUUGCCUGUGAACUUUUUAUUCUAUCUGUGAUGUCCUAUGAUCGCUAUGCAGCCAUCUGUAACCCUCUGCUCUACAAUGUCAUCAUGUCACAACAUAUAUGUUGGGUACUGGUGGCAGUCCCAUACAUUUAUAGCGUGUUUAUUUCUCUUAUAGUCACCAUAAAUAUUUUCUCUUCAUCCUUCUGUGGCUACAAUGUUAUCCCUCAUUUUUACUGUGAUGGUCUUCCCUUGAUAUCUCUACUCUGCUCAAAUACAAAUGAAAUUGAAAUGAUAAUUUUAAUUUUAUCUGCUAUUAACUUGAUUUCCUCUCUUCUGGUUAUCCUUGUCUCUUAUCUGCUUAUUCUCAUAGCCAUUCUCAAGAUGAAAUCUGCUGAGGGCAGACGCAAAGCUUUAUCCACCUGUGGGUCCCACCUGACAGUGGUCACUGUCUUCUAUGGGACUUUGAUAUUUAUGUAUGUGCAACCUAAGACCAGCCACUCCUUUGAGACUGAUAAAGUGGCUUCCAUAUUUUAUACUUUAAUUAUCCCCAUGUUGAAUCCCUUGAUAUACAGCUUGAGAAAUAAAGAUGUAAAAUAUGCCCUAAGAAAGACAGGAAAAAGGAUACACAGUAACUUCUCAUAG